UGCAUCCGCUGCGAUAAAAAGUACCUGCAGACUUCUUUGAGCUCCCGCAUCACGUCCACGCUGACUCCCAUCUCCUGAGCAAAGUUAGCGUGAAACGCGUCUUCGUCCUCGACACUGAGAUACGAGAGUGGGCUGGCUCUAGUAACCUUAGUAAAGUAUAAAUGUCAUGGGACUCCCUAAUGAACACGUAUUUUCCAAGUGGAGGUGAAGAUCUACAAACGGAGCUGCAAAGAAGCUUGUCUUCAUCGAGAGGCGUACAGGAAAAGUGUUUAUUCUUUCAAAUGGAGUUCGAAGACUACUCCCAGCAGAAGGUGGACAAACCGUGUUCUGGAAAUGUAUUCAGCAAAAUUCCUUCGACGGAAACGGGCGACGUCCAUUUGCAGUAUGCUAUCCAGCCACAAGAGGGGGCCAAAGAACCCGCAAUGGAUUUAGAGACCGCACUGCAGGAAUGCUCCAACGCCCUUUAUCUCUUUCUAAACAACAGGUUUGCAGAUGCCUUGGCACUUUUAGAACCCUGGAGGAGCCAGAGCAUGUACCACGCGAUGGGCUACAGCAGCAUGCUGGUGAUGCAGGCGGGCAUGACUUUUGACCCGAAGGACAUGAACGCUGCUAUGGAGUCGCUGAGUGAUGCCCUGCUGACGUGCCAGAGGUUUCGAAAGAAAACAGGAAUUAUGGAGACUCUGGUCAAUCUUUGGCAAAGACAAUCACCUGAAAGCCUAACGGAAGAGGAGAUGCACGCCGAGCUCUGCUACGCCGAAGUGCUGCUGCAGAAGGCGGCGCUCACCUUCCUUGACGAGAGCAUCAUCGGUUUCAUCAAAGGAGGCAUGAGGAUCCGAAACAGCUAUCAGAUUUUCAAGGAGUGUCAGGCCAUGGUUCACGGCAAUGCAGAAAUGGAGACGAGCGGCACGCAUAUUCACUUUAAGGGCGGUGUCAGUAUGGGCAUCGGGUCUUUUAAUCUGAUGCUAUCUCUGCUACCAGCUAGAAUCCUCAAAAUGAUGGAGUUUUUGGGUUUUUCCGGGGACAGGGAGUUGGGUUUGUCUGAGUUGCGAGCGGGCGCCUCCAGCGACAGUCUGCGCUCUAUUCUCAGCACUUUGACACUGCUCAUGUUUCAUCUCUACAUCUCAGUCAUUCUGGGUUCUGGCGACGUGGACUUAACUGAGGCAGAGGCUCUGCUGGAGCCUUAUGCUAAAAGGUUCCCAAAUGGAGCCCUCAUGCUUUUCUACGUCGCAAGAAUUGCCCUGCUCAAAGGAAACAUCACAUUUGCUCAGGAAAAGUUCCAGGCUUGCAUCGCCGCUCAGCAGGAGUGGCGGCAGAUUCACCACCUGUGCUAUUGGGAGCUCAUGUGGGCCCACUCCUUUGAACAGAAUUGGCGGGAAGCAUACCAUUAUGCCGAUCUGCUCUGCAAGGAGAGCAAAUGGUCACAGGCUGUCUACGUGUUCCAGAAGGCAUCCAUACUGAGCAUGCUCCCCGAUGAAGAAGUCAAGAAAAUGGGUGAAAAUGUGGUGGACUUGUUCAGAGAGGUUGACGGUCUGAGGCUGAAGCUUGCCGGAAAGUCCAUCCCAACUGAGAAGUUUGUCGCCAAGAAGGCUCAACGCUAUGUCUCGCCCAAGCCCGUCAAACUGGUCGUCCCGGCUCUGGAAAUGAUGUACGUGUGGAACGGCUUCACCAUUGUUGGCAAAAGAGCCGACUUGACGGAAAACAUUUUGGCUACGUUGGACAGAGCGGAGGAGGAGCUCAAGUAUAAUUCAAACCCGUCAGACUACCACCUGGAUGACCAGUGUGUGGUUCAGUUGCUCAAGGGCUUGUGUCUGAGGCAGUUGGGGCAGCUCGACCAGGCUGAGGUCUGUUUCAAUCGCGUCUUAUCCAGCGAAAGUGACCUGAAGCACAGCAACUACCUGGUGCCAUUUACCAUGUACGAGAUGGGCCUGCUGUACAAGCAGAGGGGCGACAUCGAAAAGGCCAUCUGUGUGCUUGAAAGUGCCAAGAUGGACUACAAAGAAUACAGCAUGGAGUCGCGGCUACACUUCCGCAUCCACGCCGUGCUCAACAGCAUGGGCUCCUUUGCGGCCAAGAUGAGUCCUUCCCAGAUGCCGGCGUGAGCGCUUCCACGAGCGUUCCAACCGGAUUUCCAGGACAUUUUACGACGCAGCUUUGUACUGUAAAUGCGUCACCCUGUGGCUUCUGUAAUUUUGUAUUUAUUCUGUAGAAGCAUAUAUAUACAGCAUUGUUACAUAUAUGCUUUUCCCCCACUUUUUUAUGUGGCGCAUGUUUGUGCGUAGGUGCUAAAAUAUUGUGUCGCAACCUGUUGAGAGUGGGCAGGGCCGUUUCUUCACUCAACUGCAGAUGGGGCAGGUCGAUAUAUAUGAUCAUCACGGUCUGGAUGUUUAUUCAUGCGCAUUUUGGGAAUAUCUUUUAAAAAGCGCGGUCUCCAGAUAAUGUUGAAGUUACAUGAGCUGAGAGGCAGUUUAAAGGCUUCUCGAGGUGCUACUUUUUGGGUGAGCGAAGGUGUUCAAAUGGGCUCAGCAGUUAUACUGUGUGGAGCAAGAUAAAUGGUAUCUCUGAAAUUUAAUUUUUCACCAGUUGCAUCCUGUUUACUGUCCUGGUGAGAAAAGUGAGGCAUCUAUUUGGGGAAAGGUGUUUAUUAAAUUUGGGGUUGGGGAAAGCACUAUUUGUGGGGAAAGAAAGUUGUACUCUCGUCCUUAUGGGUGUGAUGUCUUGUAAAUGGCUGAUUGUCCUUUUUUUCCUCAAGAUGAAAUUAUCGUAGUAAAUGUGCUGAAUAAACCUUAACAAA